GGCCCAGUCCACUGCCUUUCUACAAGCACUCGAUGCUUACAGCAAGAUGUACGAUAGCGAUUCACAUUGCGGACGCAGCAUUCCCAUGUUCCCCUCGAGCGGAAUGGGGAAUUCACGCCUGGUAGCAGAGGGGGAAGAGAUGGCGGCCGCACUUCUUGGGGCAGUUUUCAAAGAGGUAUAUGAACGCCUUGGUCGUGAUCCAAAUGACGAUCCUGUGACGCAAAUGAGUGCUCGGUUACAUGGAUCUACGUCGCGUGGUGUGUGUUUUACGUCGGUGCUCGAAGUGGCCAACGAGUCCCUUGCAUCGAUGCCGAAACACUUGGCGAAUCGACGACAAAAGAUCAGCACGGAUAUUGACGUUAACAAUAUAUAUAACUGGCGUAAUGGUCUGUACAAGCACUUUUGCCUGGAAGCGGCGAAGAGUCUGGCUAUGGGCCUUCAGCGAUUUAAACAUGAUAGGUUUAUCAUCGCAUUCGACGAAUGCAAAAACAUCAAACCUCCGGUUCCGUUUCCCGAAUGUGUCGGCGCGAGGACUUUAUCUCCAAUUCAUGGGAUAUCGUUGCUAGCAUUGCAACGGAUGAUUAAGACUCAAGAUCCAUUUCAUACCAAGGGUUUGACUUUUGGUUCCUUUUCCUUGAUUCAAGCUUCACGGCUGCUGAGUUCCCUCGAUCUCAUUCACGCAACGAGGUAUCAUCAGCCGGGCAUGCUGCUUUCUUACCGCUCCCACCUUGGCCCUAUUAAGUUAGUUGAAUCAUCAGUGCUCACUCCUAGUGAAGCAUUGUCGUCCCGCUGUUGAAAGAUUGCAGCUGCCUGUAUUGGUUAACCUAUGAUGCAGCGAAUUCCCCGUCUCUCAACACGCGUUGUGACGAUGAAACUCUCCAGGCAGGAUCCCUACCUCGGCUUCGGGUUUCGAGAAAACGGUCGUCUUGCAAACCGGAAUGUCAGGAACGGCACGUUUCUGAGCUACAUAUCUGGGCUAUUACUUAGGAUAUUGAGGCCUGGUCUAAGC